AGGUUGAUCUUGCUCAUGGUUGCAGCACUCUAUGGAACGAAUUUCGGGAGUAUCAAGAUAAUGCAAGAGGCCUUGGACCCUUCAGUAGCUGCCAUCCUUCGUUUCACCCUUGCCCUUGCAGCACUCAGUCCCUUCCUCAAGACAGUACCCAGAGACAUGAUCAAGCCUGGUGUGGAGAUUGGUUUGUGGGUUGCAAUGGGAUAUGUAGUUCAGGGCAUUGGACUGAACACAGGAGCAGACGCAUCCACUGCUGCAUUUCUGUGCUCACUUGCAGUUGUGAUCUGUCCUCUCCUUGACCUGUUUGCGGGGGAAACCGUGAAGGCGAAGUCGUGGAUUGCAGCGGCUUUGGCAGUUUUCGGUGUUGGAGUUCUCGAGAUUGGAGGGACAUCGCAGCCGAGCAUCGGUGAUCUGUGGGCUCUUGCUCAACCCAUUGGCUUUGGUAUGGGAUUCUGGAAGAUUGAAAAAGUGAUGCGAAACUUUCCCGGCAAGGGGCCGCAGCUCACGGCGAUUCAGCUGGUUGUCGUGUGGCUGACAGGGCUCAUCUGGGCGUUGGUGGACAAUGGUGGACUACCGGACGUCGCGACUGUGACUGAGUCUCUGUCGCAAAUGCCGGUGGCGGUAUCAGUGGUGUGGACCGGGUUGAUCACCACUGCCCUCACAGUCCUCCUUCAAACAACUUCUCUUGGAGUGCUCUCCUCCACGGAAACUACAGUCCUCUACUCAACAGAACCGAUCUGGGGAGCUGCAUUUGCGCAUGCGGUUCUGGGUGAAGCCAUAGGAAUGAAUACAUGGGUGGGAGGCUCCUUGAUCAUUGCUGCGUGCUUGUGCAGCAGUGUGGACACGACUGGUCUGCAAGAGGUAACGCCCUAUGAAGUGUUUCCUGGUUCUUACUCAAACCGAAUCAGAAAACCAAGGGGCUGA